UCACAACGAGGAAGUGUCCGAGAUGUUCCGCCAUAAAGAUGUCGUAACCAAAUAUUGAGUAAAAAAACAAACAAUUAUCAGCAAGUUUUAAACGCGUCUCGCUACCUAAAUAUUUUUGUAAUGUUACAAAAAAAAUAUUUAAAUGACAUUUAAUGUGUUGUUGUCGAUAUUUCACCCAUAGCACGCGGAAAUAUAUGGAUAGUGACGUCACACGAAGCGGCUAUCCGAUUGGUCCAGAGAGUCGACAUUGAAUUUGGGUUGAAGCGCGAUAUCUCUUUUAAAAGUAAGCGGGAGUUAGCGCUUAGCAACUAUACAUAUCUGGUUUAAACGCUAUGCUUUUCAACAGUCGACUCGCUUUUGCUGUGGGAAUAAAGAUGACAUUAUAGUUCAACACAGUAAAUCAGGCUUAAUCUUAAUCCACUUUUUGGUGUCGCCAAGUUCCUCCCUGCAAUGGAGCUUCUCCCAGCACUUGACGCCCAAGAGAGGCCAAAGGAAGGAAUAUGGUAUUCCUUAGUACCGGGCGGAAGUUCCCCGGGGGUGAGCGUAGGACACACCUGCACCUUCUGUCCUUGCGAGGAUGGAAGCAAUGGAAAGGUCCUCAUUGUUGGGGGAGCCAAUCCUUGUGGAAGCUUCUCGCGGACACACGUCAUAAAUAUGGAUUAUCUCGAGUGGGACAUUUUGGAGUGGAAGGGUUUGGCUCCUCGAUAUGAACAUUGCGCUUUUGUGCCACAGAGCCACCCACAGAGCCUGUGGGUGUUUGGGGGAGCCGAACAGACUGGCAACCGCAACUGCAUGCAGAAAAUCCAAGUAGAAGAGAGCAAAGCCCACUGGGAAGACAUUGCAACGAAAGGCGAACCGCCAAGUCCAAGAACGUACCACACUAAUUCCGCCUGCUUGGGUAAUGCGUUAUAUGUGUUUGCCGGUGGGGAAGCAGGAGCGUCGCCCGUUUCGGACAAUAAACUCCACGUCUUCGAUACCGUGUCUUCCACUUGGACUCAACCAGAAACAUACGGCGCACAGCCGGCAGCCAGGCAUGGACACGUUAUCGUUGCGGCUGGCUCCAAAAUCUACAUUCACGGAGGCAUGGCGGGGGACGAGUUAUACGAUGAUAUGUACUCUCUUGAUACAAGUGACAUGACAUGGGAGAUGGUGCAGCCUAAAGGAGACAUCCCACCGGCUGUAGCAGCCCACUCGGCCAUGGCACUGGGUAACAAAAUUCACAUCUUUGGUGGAAUGACAGCAGUUGGAGCCAGCAAUGCUAUGUACAGAUUCAACACAGAACAAAACUCAUGGACUCUGAUGAAAUUUGAGGGAUAUUUGCCUUCUACCCGUCUAGACCACUGCAUGUGUUUACUGCCAUGGAAGGUGGACACAGGUGGCAGUGGGGAACAAACAGCAUAUGCUCCAGCAAUAGCUCCAUUCUCAGCUUUUACCCCAGCUCAACUUCCAGCUCAAGCAAAACUUCCAGCCUCAGAAAGCGCCUCAAUUCCUCCGUUUCCAUCAAACGCUUCAGCGGGGACAGUCAAUUCAGAAACCGCUCCAGUAACAACACAACUUCCAGCCUCAGAAUCAGGUACAGCUCCAACCGCAGAAACAACCUCAGACCUGGAAAAAGCUCCAGACUUAGAUCCAAAUCAAGAAAAAGCUUCAAUUCCCAAUUCAGCAGAAGGUCCGCUUCAAACCCCAGCCUCAGCUCAAACCUCGCCAAUGCCUCUGUUUCCGUCAAACGCUUCAGCGGGGACAGUAAAUUCAGAAACCGCUCUGACUCCUGCAAACGCUCCAGCCUCAAGUCAAACCUCAGCAUUUGCUGCUGUCUCAUCACCAACUCCAGCAGGGAUAGUAAAUUUGGCUUUUGUAUUCGGUGGAAUGGACACACAGGGCAUCAUACACAAUGACUGUGUUGUAACCGUUAUUACAUGAUGGACUAAGACAUUUACAGAACGACUGCACUUUUUGGGGAAUUUUGUCCAUCAUUCUCAAUCUGUAUGUAAGACAAGAACACACGUUUUUUUUCAUGCGUUCUAACUCGUGAAUAAACGCUAGCAAGAGUCAGCUAACAAUGGCGCCAAUGGGAUUUGUUCUAUUCUGCCUAUAAAGUGCUCCAAAAACAUAAUUAAUCGCUUUAUAUACAUGCUGUAAGUAUGUAUGUAAUGUAACAGCACAUUCAUAAUAACCUGUAAAAUUUGCGUAUAUUGCUCAUUUUAAGCAUAAUAAGCGUAAGAAUUUCACAGACGGAUCAUGACGUUCACUUUUUCUUUCAACAACUACUUUUAAAGGCAGACUUUGUGAGAGACAAGACUACUAUAGGACAAAUGAUCCAUAACCUUGUCUUAUUAAGCCUGAAUAUGUGGAUUAGCUGCACGUUUUAGAAGCUUUGUUAAACAGAUUAAACUCCAGCAAAACACUAAAUGCAGAACAAAAAUACACACUAACUUACUGUACAAUGUCUGCUCUCACUGGGAUGCAGAAUGAUGGGAUUUUCAUUUCUUUUUGUUUAGAUGAUUAAUUUUAAUCCUCACGUAGGCUUCAAACAAGCGUCUUUUUGUGUCUUUCUCACUAUCUCUGGGUAUAAGUUGACUGUCAAAGUUGACCAACUUCUCGGUUUAUGGCUACAACCUUCUACUAUACAAAUGAGAGAUGUGAUUUAUAUAAUCUACAAUUACCUUUUACCAACUCAGCAGCAGUUCAGUAUGUCAACGGUGUAGCUGGACAAGCUGGUUAGCUCUCAGUGAUUACAUGCAUCACUAAAAAAUUGUCUUGGUCAGCACUUUUAAUUGGCGUACUUGGUUAAUAUUCAGGUCAUAUGAUGUAAGAAGUAUUAUUGGAGGUUUUUUUAAUUAUUUUUAGAGGUUUUUUAGGAAUUUAAGCACCCUUUUGAGGAAAAAAGGGAAACUGACGAAAGAAGAAAACUUCUAGAAGCCCUGAAAGCAAAUUUUCAAAAUCAAAACUACAUUUCCUGCAAUACAGUGCAUCUCCACACUUUAAUUUACUUUUAGAUUUUUUUUCUAAUCUACCAACAUAUUUUGGUUGUCUUGGCACUUACUGUACAUGUCCCUAUGAAUGAACCACAGAAAUGUUUUUUUUUAGUAAAUAAUUUACUAACAUUAAAAAUUUAAAAUUGUGUAACAUGCAAGCAAAUAACUUUGUAGCCACGCUAUCCCAAGUAAUAUACUUCCAGGGUCGUGACCUUUGUUUACAUCAGUCACAACAAAAUUAUACCAUCUCUCUGGCUACUAAUAGAUGAUCUAGAACAGCGGUUUUCAGUGAUAUACACCCUGUGAACAUUUUUUUAAUUCAAGUACCCCCUAAUCAGAGCGAAAGCAUUUUUGGUUGAAAAAAAAGAGAUGAAGUAAAAUACAGCACUAUGUCAUCAGUUUCUGAUUUAUUAAAUUGUACAACAGUGCAAAAUAUUGCUCACUUGUAGUGGUCCUUCUUGAACUAUUUGGGAAAAAAAGAUAUAAAAAUGACUAAAAACUUGUUGAAAAAUAAACAAGUGAUUCAAUUAUAAAGAUUUCUACACAUCAACUUAAUCAUCAAUUUAAAGUGCCCUCUUUGAGGAUUGUAAUAGAGAUCCAUCUGGAUUCAUGAACUUAAUUCUAAACAUUUCUUCACAAAAAAAGACAUCUUUAACAUCAAUAUUUAAGGAACAUGUCCACAAAAAAUCUAGCUGUCAACACUGAAUAUUACAUUUUCUUUUCACAGUUUAUGAACUGACAUUCAUAUUUUGUUGAAGUAUUAUUCAAUAAAUAUAUUUAUAAAGGA